AUGGUGAAUUUAGAAUGGACACCACGCCUUGACAAGGCUUUUACGAAGCUCUAUACCAAGACAAAGUCAGCAGCAGCAGUAAUAGAAGAGAGGGAAUCAGGAAUAACAUUGAAUAGUGCGGAACUCAAGACAGUCAAGGCUGUAGAAUCCAUUUUAGAUAACGCAAAAACACAGUCGCCGCUAUACGUUGAUUUGGAACUGGUUAGGAGAGUUUCUGCGCUACUCUUGAAGUAUAGAGACAACGAUACAGACACAGAGAAAGAGGCAUCAGAGGAUUGGAUCCAUACCAUGAUCAAAGGGAGCUCCAUAUAUGUUCCCAAGGCAGCGCCUAGAGAGCGGACUCCUGAGUUAGAGCGACUUAUGGACACUUUCAGAGCUCAGGCGGCUGAGAAAGAGUACCAACGCAUGAUCUCUUGCGUUGACCCUACAUCGUCCACCUCUAUCGCCAACAAUAUUCGGCAAGACAUCAAGGAUAUGAAGGACAUCAAGGCACAUGCUAUCGGGAUUGUAAAUGUUCUCUACACGGGUGCUGCAGUCUUCACAGCAGUCUUCAUGAUAUCGGCGCACUUUACUGAGGACCUGGGAAUGCGUGUUUUAUUGGCAUUCGCAGCGUUCAUAUUGAUUGUGGCCUGUGAAGCAUAUUUAUACUCGCGGCAUGCUUCAUCAGCUGUUGGAGGAGCAAACAGAAGGAAGAAGGCCCCAAAGCUUCCGGAAGAUGUUGUGAUAACUACGCACACUUUCAGUAAAGAAAAGAGUGCAUGA